CGCGGCGAGCAUCGCAUGUUACUCGGGGCGCGCGCGCGUCUGGAGCAGAGCGGGCAGAAGACACGGGAGGAGCCCCCGGCGCGGCCUCGGGCGGCGGGGCUACCGGAGACCCCGGAUGGGCGGGCCCGGGCCCCGCGCCGCACAGCGCGACCGCGGGGCCCCGCGAUGCCGCGCGCUCCCAGGCCUGCCGGGCUCCGGACAAGCAAACGCUCGAGCUCCCGGGCUCCGGAGCCCAUCGGGGCCCCGGCGAGCCCCGCUCCUCGGUGGCCCGGCCCCGGAGGGCGGAGCGGAGCGGAGCGCGGGCGGGGCCCCUGGGGGCGCGGCCCCGGGGCGGGGCGCGCCGAGACCGCGGGCCGCUCUCCAGUCUGGCUCGUCCCCCAGAGCCCAGCUCUCGGUGCCAAGAUGACGGCGAGCAAGCGGGUGGCGAAGGAGCUGGAGGAACUCCAGAAGCAGCUGCCCCAGUACCUGCGGAACCUGCGCAGCGAGGAGGACGACGUGCUGGUGUGGCACGCGCUCCUGCUGCCGGAGAGGCCACCCUACAACCUCAAGGCCUUCAGCGUGUGCAUCAGCUUCCCCAGGGAGUACCCGUUCCAGCCCCCGACGGUGAAAUUCACCACCAGGAUCUACCACCCCAACGUGGACAGGGACGGGAGGGUGUGCCUGCCCAUCAUUAGCAAGAAGAACUGGAAAGCCAGCACCAGGAUCUGCCAAGUCUUGGAGGCCCUCAACGUGCUGGUGAAUCACCCGGAGCCGGGAGAGCCCGUUCGGCUAGAGCUUGCAGAGCAGCUGAUACAGGACCCAGAGCUGUUUGACCGGACGGCCCAAGAAUUCACCCUCCAGUUUGGAGUGGACCGGCCCUGCUAACCCGGCUUCUGACCCUGCCGCUUUCUGUGUGACGGAUGGACGCCCCUCGUGGACGGGGGGUGGGGGGGCAGCCAGAGCCCCUUGGCGAUUUUGCACCUGCUCGUGCCUUCCAAGAUUUCCUUCUUAGGUUGUGUGUGUGUGUGUGUGUGUGUGUGUGUAGCGGGCGGGGACUGCCGUUAUGAGUGUGGACCCACUGGCCACAGCUAUGCUUUCCCCAGCCCCUUUCUCUGCCCCGGAGCCAGAAGCAUUUACGUUUGCAGACUCGAAAUCCAGCUCUCCAGUGCUCUGGGAUGGGGGUUCCUGGUCCCACCGACUGGUCCAUCUUAGAGACUCAGCCACCUUCCCAGCCGGAUGAGCAGCCAACCCGAACCCCCGCCCCCCACAGGGCCCUGCUUGCGGGGGGCGGGGGGCAGCUCAGGUGGGAUGACAGGAGCGGUCUGGGGGAGGAGGGCCUCUUACCACGUGCUCUGGGGAUGGAGCGGUUUAAUCAUAGACAGGUAUAGAUUUAGGUGCAAAACCUUUCCGUUUCCACUGAUGACCCAUAAAGUGAAGACUCUCCUCUCCACCCCAGAAAUCUGA